CGCCCAGAGGCCGCGGUGGCGGGCGCUGUCCCCAGGCGGGCCGGGCCGGGCGGCCCCGUCCCGUCCCUCUCCGCCCGUGGGGGCCGGCGCCGGUGAGGCACCGAGCCCAGAAAUUGCGGCGAAAGCCGGCGGCGGCGCUGCGGCCCCGCGGGGCUCCGUUCGCCGCCCCCGCCGCCCAGCCCGGCCGCCGCGGAAGGGGGGAGCCGAGCCGAGGGCAGGGGCGGACGCCGCUUGCCUCCGCGGCGGGUUACCGGAUUAAUCAUUGCAGAGCCCCUGGACCGCGCCGGCGGCGCGGGGCGGUCUCCCCCGCCGCACCUCCUUCCCCCGCAGCCUGCCGCCCGCGCUCCCCGCGCCGCCGCUCACACGGACCGCAGGCAGCCGCCCGCGGCGGCCGCACCUGCCCGUUGCCUCGGCUCCAACUUUUCCUGCCUGUUGCGCGCACCGAGCAUCCCGCCCGCCGCUUCCCGCCCCGCGCCGCCGCUCCGCCGGGGAUGGACGCCGCGGGGCAGCGCCGCUGCUAGCCGGCCCGGCGGGCGGGCGGCCGGGGGACGCCUGCCGGGGCUCUCCGCCCCCGCCUCGGCUGCCGUUGCCAUUUUCGCUGCCCCGCGCUCGGCGGGCAUGGAGGUGCAGCUGGGGGUCGGCCGCGUCUACCCGCGGGCGGGAGGCAGGACCUUCCGCGGGGCUUUUCAGACCUUCUUCCAGAGCGUCUGCGAGGUUUUCCAGGCGCCGCGGGACGAGCCGGGCGCCGGCCAGCAGCCGCCGGCGUGCGCGCCCUGCCCGCCGAGCCCCCGGCCGCCGCCGGGCUCGCCCACCUGCCUGCCGCCCCAGGAGCCCCGCGGCGCCGCGAAGGCGCUGCCGGCGGGCGGCCCCGCCAUGGGCUCGCCCUUCCCCUGCGCCGGCGAGCUGAGGGAGCUGCUCUGCGAGGCGGGCGGGCUGCCGCUGCUGCCGCCGCCCGAGGCCGAGCCGGCGCCCAAGGAGGACCCGCUGGGCGACAGCGCCAAGCAGCUCUGCAGGGCCGUGUCCGCCUCCAUGGGCCUGGCCCUGGAGGCGCUGGAGGCGCCGGGCGAGCCGCUGCCCCGCGAGGACUGCAUGUUCGCGCUGCCCGCCGGGCCGCCCCGCGCCCCGCGCCCCGCCGGCGGGGACCCGCCGGAGCCGCCGCCCGCCCCGGCCGCCUUCGCGGGCGCCGAGGCCGCGCUGGCCGUCGACGCGCCCCCCGGGCCGGGGCUCUACCGGGGCUCGCCGGGCCCCGCGGCGCGGCCGCCCCCGGGCUUCAGCCUUGCGCUGCCGCCCGCCCGCAUCAAGCUGGAGAGCCCGCCGGGGCCGGCGGCGGGCGGCGGCUGGGACGCCCCGUGCCGCUACGGCGCCGAGAUGGCCCCGCCGGGCCCCGCGCCCCCCUGGCCCGCCUUCCUCGCCGAGGAGGGGCAGCUCUACGGGCCCUGCGCCGAGCCGCCCGCCGGGCCCUUCGGCUGCGGGCGCGGGCCGGCCGCCGAGACCGCCGACUUCCCCGCCGACGCCUGGUACCCGGCCGGGCGGGCGCCCUUCGCCGCCCCCGCCGCCUGCAUCAAGAGCGAUCUGGGGCCCUGGGCCGAGGGCUACGCCGGCGCCUACGGCGAUGUCCGGUUGGAGACUGGCCGUGACCACGUCUUGCCCAUUGACUAUUACUUUCCACCUCAGAAGACUUGCCUGAUCUGUGGAGAUGAAGCAUCUGGGUGCCACUAUGGAGCCCUCACUUGUGGUAGCUGCAAAGUCUUCUUCAAACGGGCGGCUGAAGGUAAACAGAAAUACCUCUGUGCCAGCCGGAACGACUGCACCAUCGACAAAUUCCGAAGGAAAAACUGCCCGUCCUGCCGCCUGCGGAAGUGCUACGAGGCUGGGAUGACUCUCGGAGCCCGCAAGCUGAAGAAGCUGGGUAACCUGAAGACACAAGACGACGCUGAUGCAGCCAGCUCGUCCAGCCCCACAGAGGAGCAAGCUCCCAAGAUGGUGAUAACGCACAUUGAUGGGUAUGAGUGCCAGCCCAUCUUCCUCAACGUCCUGGAGGCCAUUGAGCCUGGCGUGGUGUGUGCCGGCCACGACAACAGCCAGCCAGACUCCUUCUCCAACCUGCUGACCAGCCUGAACGAGCUCGGGGAGAGGCAGCUGGUCUACGUGGUCAAGUGGGCAAAGGCCUUGCCAGGAUUUCGCAACCUGCAUGUGGAUGACCAGAUGUCAAUAAUCCAGUACUCUUGGAUGGGCCUUAUGGUUUUUGCUAUGGGCUGGAGAUCUUUCACCAACGUCAAUUCCAGGAUGCUUUACUUCGCUCCAGAUUUGGUCUUCAACGAGUACCGGAUGCACAAAUCCAGAAUGUACAGCCAGUGUGUCAGGAUGCGGCACCUCUCUCAGGAGUUCGGGUGGCUUCAGAUCACACCCCAGGAGUUUCUCUGUAUGAAGGCUCUGCUCUUCUUCAGUAUUAUUCCAGUGGAUGGCCUGAAGAACCAGAAGCUCUUUGAUGAACUUCGAAUGAAUUACAUUAAGGAACUUGACCGUAUCAUCGCUUGCAAGAGGAAGAACCCUACCUCCUGCUCUCGGCGAUUUUACCAGCUCACCAAGGUCCUGGACUCCGUGCAUCCUAUUGCCAAGGAUCUGCAUCAGUUUACAUUUGACCUUUUAAUUAAGGCACAUAUGGUGAGCGUGGACUACCCCGAAAUGAUGGCCGAGAUCAUCUCUGUGCAGGUUCCCAAGAUCCUGUCUGGAAAAGUCAAGCCUAUCUACUUCCACGCACAGUGAUCUUCGGAGGGACCUCCCAGUUCUGCCAUCCCCAUCUCAGCCAUCUCCUGCCUGUUAUUUCUGCACUACUGUACUGCAGUGCCUUGGGGAAUCCCCUCUACGGGGGCGGCGUGCCAAGAAGACGGACAGUAACGAACGACUACCUGCUGGGAUUCCUGAGAUUUCUAUUUUUCCUGAGGUACCUCUGGACUGACCUACCCACCACGGUUUCUGCCUGGAUUUGGCUGGCGUGCUGUGCUGGGACAGGGGACUGUGGCACGGUGGCAGGGGCACCGUGUCUCUGCUCUCUUGCUUGUGUGUUUUCCACAGUGACUCUUACGGCCCAGAGCCACCGGAGAUUGGGAGGAACGCCAGCAGUUGUUGGGUUGGGGUUUAUUUUUUAAACAGAGCAAGACAAGCAGCAGGUUCAACCUAUAAGUUUGGGUGCGGGUUACUUUACUGGGCUCCUUUGGGACUUUUUAUUUGCAUUAUGGUGCUGGGAUGCAGAUGAGCUAAAAUAUUACGGUAGAGAAACAGAGAAGAGUUGGGGGGUGAGAUGAAUUUGCAGCCUGAUGAAUUACAGGACCCGCUGCUGGCUCCGAAAGCUGCGACACGGCCGUCGUGGGGUCUGCUCCGGACAGCACGCCACUGCCGUCUGCGGCCCCACAGCCCCGCCGGCGCAGCAGCGCGGACGAGCUGGUGGAGCCUUGUCAGCAAGAGGGCUGGAGGGGAAGGCGACCUUUGGAAAUCCCCAGAGAUGCCGGAUGGCUGCUGUUUUCCACCUGGGAUGUUUUUCCUGCAGCCAGUCAAACUGGAUCUCGGUCUGCCCCGCGGAUGCCCGGGCGCUCAGCAGUCACAUUCCCGUCCUCGAAAGCUGCUGCUCCCCCGACACAGCCGUACCCACCUCCGCAAGUGCCUGACAUCCUCGGACCUCACACUCUCCCCUCUCCAGUGGGCACCCGCAGGCCCCUGCCCAGCCCCCCCGCAGCUCUGCUCCCGCUGGGUGUCUGCAGCCCCCGGGUCCCCAGCCACGCUACUCGUUUUCCGUUUGUCCCAGCUACUUUUUCCGAUGCCAGCAGACCAGCGUCCCGGGAGCAAAGCAGCAGGGCUGGGAUCUGCGGGUCCUGCGAGGCCACGGGACGCUGGCUGUUAAUCCCGUCCUUCGGGAGGUGGCUGCGGCGAGUGCCGACCUCCUGCCCUUCCGAGCGCUGCGCGCGGCUUCUGCUAAUUGCGGUGGUUGAUUGCAGCCCGGGGAGCCACUGCCCCGUGUGCACUGUCCCGCGCGCACGGUCCUGCGUGCAGCGUCCCACGCGCACCGGCUGUCCCCAGCAGCUGCAGGUGGCACGGUGGUGGCACGGUGGUGGCACGGUGGUGGCACGGCGCGGGCUGCAGCUGCGCGCUGAGGACGGAUGACGGUGCCCCGGGUGACGGGCGCCCGGCCCGCAGCCAGCAAGCAGCGGUGGGUCUGCACUGCUGGCGGCCCCCAGCAGUCGGGAGGAUCUGAGAGACGCCGGCGGGGUUCGUCAGGCACACGCGCUGCCUUGGCUCCACGUCGUACCUCCCAUCGAGAAGGAAGCGCAGGCCCACCCGACCCCUCUAUUCAGAUUUGUUUAUUUGGCGAGCUCCGCUUCCCACAAAGCGGCCGAGCCUGCGUGCCCCGCCGUGUUUCAGCUCCCCCCAUCCCGCACAGCUGUGAGCCCUCCAAACCCGCCAGGUCAGACCUGGCCGGGGGGUCGGCGAGCGCAGCGCGUGCAGGCCCUGGCCAGGGUAGUGCUGCCCCUCGGGGCUUUGCUGACAGGCGUCUGCAAGGGGCCCCGUGCCGCUGCGUUCCCCCCCGCGUGAUACCCGCUACUUGUGUUUGCCAGAUGUCGUUGGAAGUGAAGGGAGCGAGGUUUAGGCCAAUUGAUUUCCACGUACGCGUCGUGCAGAGAGCAGUGGUAACGCCGCCGCUGCUUGGCCCGGCCACGAGCUGAGUGUCACCGUCAGCUCUGCAGGCGAACGCGCUCACGGCUCGUCUGGGCGCUCGGUGAGAACAAACGGUUUUCCUGACGCUUUUCGAUCGUGCUAUGGGAUUUUCCUUAAGGGAAUGGGUAAGAAAAAAAACCCCCAAAACUGUCGAAGGGGAGGAUCUCUCUUUACGGUUAUUUGUGAUGAGUUUUCCUCCCCUGCUAGAGAUGGCUUUGAUCGCGCUCUUCCUCCUGAAAUCCCUUCGUGCAGGUGGCGACAGGAUCUGUAGCUAACCUUCCUGAAUGCCAGCCAACAGGACGGUGGUCUCAAUAGCUUUUCCUAUUUUAGAGGCUUGCAAGCAUUUUAAUUGUUGAUAUGAUCUACUAAUAUUUGCAAAUGAACUGGUAAAAAAAAUCCUGCUGGUGCGUUCCUCUCUUCUCAGAGAUUUUCUGGCCUUUGGCAGACGAAUACAAUGAACAGCUGGGUUGGUAAUGCCCGAUCUGUCAUCGAUAGGAGGAUGUUUAUGAGCAAACUGAGUAACUCCUUUGGAGAGCUUUGCAUUUUGCGCAAGCUUCCGUCUAAAGUUUUCAUUAGUUAAUGAGGGUGGAGGUAUCCUGCUGGGUACCUUUCUGCUGGGAGACUGGGAAGAAAUCAAACUGAACAGGGAUUUGCAUACACUGAUUUGCUGGUGGAAGCGUAGUGCAAAUGAAAAGCGGUUUAGAAGGGGAUACUGCCCAUACAUCAUCUGCCAGGUGCGUGCAACUCACGUGUACGAUGCCUCUCCAGCCACGUCCGCUUUAAGAGGGGAGCGGGAGUACCGCCGGGCGAUGGGGCAGGGGAGCAGGCAGGCUGCCUCCCUCCAUAAGGACCCAGAGCCCCCAUGCGUGCGAGCGGGGCAGGGAGUUGUGUCCUCUGGCUCUUUGCAUCCAAGUAACUUCUGGAACUUUUUAUUCAAAAAAAAAAAAAAAAAAGAUAUUAUUAGAGAGAUGACUGGAGGAUGUGGGAACCAGGAUCGCUGGCACCUGUGUGUGUAUCUGCCGGGGAGAGUUAACACCGUUUCCUUGGUUAUUUUCAUGGGCUGCUGCAGGAACCGGGGAAAAAAGAGUAUUAAGAAAUACCAAAGUCCAGGUCCUGCCAUAAAUCUCUGUACUUUGUGUUUUCUUCUGCACUUUCUUGUCUGCUUUUGCUUUAAUAAAGCAAAGAGAUUUUCACCAUCUUCACAAUCAUGUAGAAGCUGUCCCUGAGGCUUCCCUCGGGACGUCGAGCCCCGGGAGAGGAGACCCCCCCCUUCGGCAUCGCUGGCUCGCGCAGCCGGGGAGCGAACCACUUCCACAUCCCCCUCUGGUUUCGCUGGCUCUGCUCUGGUUUAGCUGGGAUGCGUGGGCUUUCGUGCUGGCUUAGCUGGGUCGUGGCUCGGACCGUCAGCUCCCACCGACGGCAGCAGAUGGAAGAGAAGGAACACACACGUUGGCGUCGGCCCGGGAGCGGCGUUUCUGCACGGAAGGCUGUCGUGAGAUAAGGGGUACGAGAUGAGGGGCCUUUAGUUCGCGCAGGGGGAACUGUUCCUCGAGCCUGUGUAGUGCCAGAAGACGUGAGCCGGAUGCCGCGGUGCAGUUCCGUGCCCGGGCAGGCAGCGUUCCUGGGCCAGCGCCUGCAGACCUUCGCCCACCUUCGCCCACCUUCACUCCACAGGCUCCUGCCAGCCCCGGCCGCGGUCAGCAGGGAGCUUCGCUUGGCAGGAGGAAGAGCUGAGCGGACGUUUCUGGAGCCGGGCAGCAUCUGAACGCUGUUCCCUUAGAAGUCAAAAGGCCCUGUGCGUUGGCUUCGGGAAGAACCGCGUUAAGCCAGCGCAGUGAGCAUCGCGCACCGUGCACGCAAGGUGAACGCCGCGUGAGUCAGCGCUGCGGAGGGGCGGCAGGACGCUGACCGCCUUUACCACCACGUGCUGUUCCACGCUCGCGGCUCUGCCCUGUGCGGCGCCGGCGGGUCGUUGCCACGGGCCGUGGGGACGCUGGGUUGUACCCGAGGUGUCACAGGGGGGUGGCCGUGCCCCCGGGCAGAGUCACGGGCCAACGCCGGCCGUCUCCACAGCUCCCUGCUGUGUGUGGCUGUCACUCCACUUACUGAUCUCUCUCUCCCUAGAUGCUUCAAUAACAUAUGUUAGACGUAUAUAUAUGUAUUAAAAAAUGGCAUGCCCCGUUUUGCAUUGCUAAAGAUAUCUGUUUAAUGUAGUGCUCUAAGAGGAUUUAUUUUCUGAUUGCACUGAUUGCAACUAAAUGUUCUUCAGGAGAUGAAUCAGUAUGUGCCAAUAUUAAUGGAAACUUUGAAUAGUUUUGUCUGGUUAGGCACUGCCCAGUUUUCAAACGUCCAUCCUUUCACGGCGUGAAUGGAGCAUACACUGGCAUAGCCUGGUGUCGGCAUCUGCUUCUCCAGCUUUCUUGUAGCUGAUUCUGGUUAGACAGGGAUAGUAUUUGCACUUGGGGGACAACGGAGCGUCCUUUGUUUCUGCCCUCUUUGACUGCACAAAGUGUCCUUCCACUUUCGGGCAGAAUGCUGGAAUUCCAAAGCGGUAGCUGUUUUCUAACUGUUUCAAAGUAGACUUUUCGGAGCACAGAAAUCUUUUCCUGUACCGUUAACGACUGGCCGACUCGCACUCGGCACCGCCACGUCCCGGCGCCCGCUACCAAAUGCCAGCGUACCUGGAAACCGGCAGCGGGGGGGCGGCGGGGACCGGCGGCGGGACCGAAACCUGCUGCCACCGGCGAGAGGCUGCCCCAGCCUGCUGGGGGGGGAGGCACGGGUCCGGAGGGGAGCGGGGCAGGCUGCAGCCCUCCCGCACCCACCUGCGCCCCUCACCCGCUCCCAGGCGGCACGGAGGGGCUCUUGCUCGUUCGCUUUUAAAAUGGCAGGGGAGCCUGCACUGGCGAUUCAACAAGUAACUGGCUAUCUGCACCACACAUCAAACCACAGCGAAUUUAUAAUAAGCUGCUCUCUGUGCCGGGUAUUUUGUGGUCUGUGGCAAUUGAAUGCUGUUUUUAUUUGUUAACAUGUCUCUGUAAUAAAAAGAGUUCUC